UUGCACCACAACAAUAUUCCACUUUUGAAAUCGUUUUUGACCCCCACGGGACAGAUUCGGAAUCGCGUGCAAACUCGUUUGGGUGCGCGCGAUCAGAGACGAGUCACCAAACUUAUCAAACGCGCCCGCUGCCUUGGGCUUAUGCCAUUC